UAGAGAAAGAGAAAGAUAGAGAGAGAUCUCAAAAAGGAAAAACCUCUCUAAAAUCCUAAUUAGAAUCAGGAAAAUACUCAGCUGCCUAACCAUGCCGGUCUUGAACAUUGGUCCCAUCCCUUAAUCUCAAGUUUAUAUUAAACUCCAGACUUAUUUUAUCAUAUCUUAAAUUCUGUAUUGUCGAUUGAUAUAUAUAUAUAUAUAUAUGAAUUAUAUUAUUAUUCAAAUUAUUAAUCGUUAUGACAUAGUCAUAUAGACAUAAUUAACCGUACGUGUAUAAUUUCACAAUUACUAAUAAACGCAAGGAGCAUUGUUUCACAAAUAAGAAGUGGACACGUGCCCCCUCUCUAGCAGUUUUUGUCGUUUUCAGCUGACAAUAUCUUCUUUUCCUCCCAUAAAGAUCAGUCUUUGAGAGAGAGAGAGAGAGAGAGAGAGAGAGAUUUAUAAAGUGAGAGAAGAAACCCUAAUAUCAAGUAGCUAAAAAUCUCCAUCUGUUGAAUCAUGGCCGUCGUUCCUCUUCCUGCCGUCCCUCAGUCUCCCGCAGAAGGGUUUUACGCAAUCAGCAACGAGUUUCUCACGAAUGGCCCAAAAGGGUUUCAUGAGUACAAGAUGCUUGAGAACGACAACAUCAUGUUCGUGAGAAUGGAUUUUCCCGGCGUUCCAGAAGAUGCCGUUACUGUUGCUCUUGAUCCCUCCAAGAAGUUUGUGAGUGUCCGCGCACACGUACCCAAGGUCCAUAAACACGACUCCUCUCACCGGAAGUACCUCACCAUGACCGGAAUCGUAUGCGGAUGCUGCGAGAUCUCUGGCUUCACCUACCAAAUGGCCGACGGUGUUAUCAGGCUUCACCUCUCUAAGACUAACAUCGUCAAUCCACAACUCCCUUCCUGCACCGCGUUUCUCGGUGGCCUACGUUUCAAAAGCGAUGAUCCCCGUGGAGGUCCUCAUAGGCGUCACUAUAACAUGGAUCCCUAUCACCCGGAUUUAUCGGGUCCGGUGUUGAUGCCUCACCCGAAUGUGUGUGAAGGAUCGACUAUGGCCUAUGAGUCAAAGCAGCUCCAGAACGGCGGCUUAUACGUGCGUUUAGACAUGCCUGGUGUUCCCAAAGACAACUUCAACGUCUCCGUCUCGAGCGGGAGAGUCAAGGUGACUGGUCAAGCUCCUGCCGUUGGCCAUGACUCUGAUGGUCGGUUCUACUCUGGUGACGUGGCUAUGCUCUCUGCUCCUGUUGACAUUCCUAGCCGUCGAAUCAAAACUAUCAUCAAGAACGGUGUCAUUCGCCUUCUCAUCCCGCCCGUUUGAUGUGAAUCGAAAAACACGUUUGCGUUUGAAAUAAUUUGUCUCCCGCGGAGGUGGACCCCAGUCAUGUCUGAGGAUUAUGUCGUUUUAUUUUAUGGACUUUUGGAUAUGUUCACAACUGGUUUUUUUUUCUAAAGUCAUUCCCUUUAUGCAAGAGUAAUGUUUUA